AUGAUGACGGUCUCGCAAACUGAAGACAUCUUCCCCUCGAAAAUGGGCCCUGCCUACGUGGGCUUCGACCAUAUCCACUGGUUCGUCGGAACCCCUAAACAAUCAGCUUCAUACUGGAUCACUCGCAUGGGCUUCCGGCCCAUUGCAUACCGUGGCCCGGAGAAUGGCUCGCCCUACCUCGUAAGCUAUGUCGUAGCCAACUGCGGCGCUACGUUCAUCCUGACAGGGCCGGUAUGUGGUCCACCAAAACAUAGCUCAGAGGAUCUGAUGUGCCGGGCCUCGGACCACGAGCGCACCACGCUGGCUGACGUCCAUGAACAUCUGACCGUUCACGGAGACGGUGUAAAGGAUGUUGCCUUUCGGAUUGUCGGAGAUAUACAAGCUGUGUGGGACCGGGCUGUUGAGAAUGGUGCCCGCGCUAUUGCUGAACCACGGAUUGUUACCGUUGACGGGCAUGGGGUACUCGUGUCGGCGACUAUUGGAACGUACGGUGAUACUGUGCAUUCCCUGGUUAACCGAGAAAAGUACUCGGACGAUGCGCCCUUCUUGCCGGGAUAUCAAGUCAUCACUGCCGAAGAUCCCAUCAUGCAGCUUCUGCCAAAAGUUGACUUGAUUGAGAUUGAUCACUGCGUCGGGAACCAGCCAUGGGGAGGGGUUGAUAGUAUUGUUCAAUAUUAUGAGGAUUGUCUAGACUUCCACCGUUACUGGACCGUCGACGACAAAGACAUGUGCAGCGAAUACUCUGCCAUGCGGUCCAUUGUCAUUGCAUCCCCCAAUGAAACCAUCAAAAUGCCCAUGAACGAGCCGGCAACUGGCAAAAAGCAAUCACAGAUCGAAGAAUUCAUCAACUACUACCACGGUGCCGGGGUUCAGCACAUUGCCUUCCGUACCAACGACAUCGUCACCGCCGUGUCCCAGUUGCAGGCUCGAGGCGUCCAAUUCCUCAAUGUUCCUGCUGCAUACUACGCCGAUCUACGCAAGCGCCUCUCGCGGGUCUCGUGGGCCCUCGACGCCGACGUCGAUGUGCUCGAACGAUUGAAUAUCCUCGCGGACUUCGAUGAACGUGGAUAUCUGCUCCAGAUAUUUUCCAAACACGUUGGAGAUCGCCCGACGGUCUUCGUCGAGGUCAUUCAACGCAAUUCGUUUGAUGGGUUUGGGGCAGGCAACUUUAAGAGUCUCUUUGAGGCGUUCGAAAGGGAACAGGCACUACGCGGGAAUCUCUAA